CAGACUAAUAUCACACCGUCUAAUAUCAAUAUCCAGUCAGUCCAUAAUUAAUAUACUCAACAUCAUAGACUAAUACCACUACAUCAAACCAACUCUCACUCUAAACCCUAAAAAAUAUUCACACCAUCCAAACUAAUAUCGCACCGUCUCAAACCAAUAUCCAGUCAUUAAAAAUGUAAUAUCUCGCUAUCACAGUCAAAUAUCCACAAUACACAUACUGAUAUCUGACCGUCGCAAACUAAUAUCUCACUACACAGACAAAAUAUCGAACCACCAUACAUUGUCUUCUAAACCACCAACCCUAAACUCUAAACCCUAAGUAGGGAAACUGAAUGUAGUUGUAAUUAGUUGGGGGGUUUUUUAAUUAUUUUGGUGAAAAAUAAACAUUAGCUUUGUGAUGUAAAAAAUAUAAUCAGAAGGUCUAAUAGGAACAACCAUGCAGACUAAUAUCCAAAUAAAGGAAACAAAAAAUAUAAUCACGCAAAACUAAUAUUUUGUUACAUAACGGGCAAAAACUAAUAUCCGUCCUCUAUCGAACAAAUACCCAUUCACCCCAAAACAAACAUAUGUCCUUUAUCGAGCAAAUAUCGGUGGCGCCCAGACUAACAUCCAUCCAUUCCAGAUAUAAUAUCCAUUCUUGGGCGAACAAAUAUCAUUGACACCCUGACUAAUAUCUAACCACUUAAAUUAAUAUCUGAAAUCAUAAACGGACUAAUAUCAGACCUACCAUGACAAAAAAAAACUUCAUUUUCAGAUGGUUUCCUCGGUGUUAUCUUCAUCCUCAGACAAACACCCAUAUCGCCCAUACAAAUACCCAUUCACCCCAAAACAAAUAUACGUCCUUUAUCGAACAAAUAUUCGUGGCUCCCAGACUAACAUCCAUCCACACUAAAACUAAUAUCCACUUUUUAACGAACAAAUAUCCUUAACAACCUAACUAAUAUCCAAUCACACAAAAUAAUAUAUGAAAUCACAAACGAACUAAUAUAAAGGUCUGGAAGACACUCACACUCAUACUACUAUUGAUUCAUUGGCCUUCGGCCAAUGGGCCCUCGGCGGGCAGCCCUAACUAAGGUUGCAAGCCUUAUGUGUUAGGACUUGAUAGUGUGUUUAGUUUUGAUGGAAGACACAAUUAAAUACUCAAGAUCUCUCCCAUGUGAAAAUUUAUCAAAAGCAACAAAAGUAGCAGAUUGUGGGCCAUGCUUUUCUCUCUCUUUUGUCAACUCUGACGGAUAUUAGUUCGUGCACUUUUGGAUAUUUAUUUGUCUCGGUUGGAUACAAGUUAUUUCAGCGGCUCCCUCUCUCAAUCCCGCCCAAAUUAAAGGUGGACCCAAGCCACCUUUUUCAGCUUGAUCGGCUGGGCCGGCUUGUGCAAAAAACCCUAUAAAUAGCUCACUUAAAUGAGCCAUGGCUGGGCUGACCUCCUCACCCUUAGAUUAGAACUGGGCCUAUGUAGACAAAUUUGGGCCUUGUGAGUAUCUACUCACAAAAAACCUUGUGAGCAGAUUAACUUUUGCGAGUUUUGGUGGAUGAAGAACUGAAAUAACACAGCUGAAUUCCUUACUCGUCUUCCUCCGCGACGGCAAUCCAUUUCCUAGACCCUAAUCCCCCAUUUUCGUCUUCCGUAUAUGGAGCUCUGAAUCCGCCAUAAGAGUGACUGAUUAUCGUGCUCCCCUAAAUCGCCGCUCUUCUAUCCUUCAGUAUCAGUGCCAGCAUGGAAAUGGCGGCUCUCCAUUUGCCUUCGUUUUCGAUUCAGCCAUCUCCGACAUUCGCAAAGCACUGUGUAUCUCCCCACGCAACGCAGCUCAGGGCCGGAUUCGUGAUUUUCCAAUGUCCGUCGAGGCGAAAUCCUCCGAAAUCUGGUUCCCGGAUGAUUGGAUUCCGAUUACUGAAAGCAGUGAGCGAUUCAGUUAGCUCGGCUGAAGGAGCAGCAGCUGAUUCUCAAGACGAGGAGGUUGUUACUAGUGACAGCGCUGACGAUUUCCCGGCUGAUUCUGAGGACGAGAAGGUUGUUGUGACUAGCGAUAGCUCUAACGAUUUCCCGGCUGAUUCUGAGGAUGAGAAGGUUGUUGCUACUAUCGACAGCGCUAACGAUUCGCCGGAUUCCAAAACCCUUGUCGUCGUCGCCAAAUUGCAGGCGGCAAUUUCCCCUCUUUCUCCAUUCAUCUCUUCGAUGAAAACAUAUGCUGGAUGUAAUAGCAAAGCAAUCUGGUUAUCCACUGCUACUGCAAUUUUCUUGUUCAUCGCUGUGAGAGUCUAUGUUGGGAUGACCCAAAAAUCAAAGCACAAUCGUCCAGGAACUGUGGCUGAUCUCGUCAGACGUGGGCAGCUGAGGUCUGAUAGAAGAGCACAAGGCAUCUCCAGUCUGAAGUAUGAAGACCCAUUCAACAAUCCGUAUGUGAAACUCGGCAAGAGCAACUCGACUGUGGAGAUGUGUGGCAAGGUUUAUAAGCUGUCCCCAGUUACACUCACCAAGGAAGAGCAAGCUAUCCAUCAGAGGAGGAGGUCGAGAGCUUAUCAGUGGAAGAGACCGACGAUGUUCCUCAAAGAAGGCGAUUCGAUACCACCUGAUGUUGAUCCCGAGUCAGUUAGAUGGAUCCCUGCAAACCAUCCUUUUGCGACUACUUCCAGUGAUAUCGAUGAAAGCUUAGCUCAAACUAAUGUGUAUCAAAAGCACGGUGUCCCAUUUCGUAUUCAGGCUGAGCAUGAGGCACUACAGCGGAAACUCGAAGGAUUGCAACAGGAUCAAAAGCUCAAUAAGUUCUUCAUUGACAGUGACAACGCUAAAGCGUACGAGAGAUCAUUGAAGUUGCAUCCCAAGUCUAAUGAAGCCAUGGAUCAGAAUCCCUCGGCGAAUCAAGAUGGGAACUCGAGUCCCUCCAGCUCUAACAGCUUGUCGAGUUCCUUCAACAGCACUGCACCCUCUGAUGAACUGCAGAAACCAUAAGUAGCUUUUGCCAUUUUGUUUGUUUGCAACCCACUUUCCACCUUGGUUGCUAUAUGAAGCAGAAGUGUAAUCCUAUCAAGGGUGUAUCUCACUUUUAUAUGCGACUUCAGCUUCGCUACUUUGCUCAGUUGUACAGCGGUGAGAAAUGUAAAUUUGAAAACCCAGUGAUUUGUUUUUGCUUGUUGCAAUUUGAAGUUGUGGGAGAAUAAUCUUCAGUAUUGUGGAACCAGCAAAGGCUCUCUGUCAAUGAUACAACGUCACCUCAAUCGAUUAAUCAGGCUCUAUUAACUUUCACCUAUACUACUACCUUCUGCCUGAGAUAUCAAUCAGAAGCAUGGCGAUGGCAUUGCAUGGAAGCAUCAGCAGAGUCGUGAAGGUGAUGAGGAGCGAUGCAGAUUCCGAACUGAUUCCCAAGUUUGAAAGAAGAACUUCUACUCCUGCUUCUUCAGGGAUUUGGGGGUAUAGUAAAGAACUCCAUUUAUACCAGAAAACUGCAAAAAAAGAACACACACAAUUCAGCCAAAGAAACAUCAAAAGGAGCUUGAAAACACAUCAAUCAAUACCCGCUGAAUGAUCUGAAUCCCCAUGCCGACUAACAGUGCAGUCUUGACUCUUGACCCCCUGGUCGAGCAAAUCAGCCCAAACCGGUCCUUUACCAGCAGUCUCACAAGGAUGAACCAUGGCCGGGACCAACCGGAUGCUGCUGAUGGAGGUACACUCUUUUAAACCCUUAUUUCUUCCUAAACUGUACAAGGUUCUUCCAAAAUAUACGGCUUUUCGGGUGUAGAUGAGUACCUAUAUAUCGUAAAAUGAAGUGAGUACUCCAUGAGUGGAUACAUAAGAAUCAAAAUCUGUCGAAUUGUUGGGUGUCUCUGGGUUUACCAUUGGUCCAACCCACUAAUCUAGUAUUUGAAAAAUAGUAUCAUAAUAGCGAUUCGUCCGAAAAAACGUUCUAUCGGAUCCCGUUGAUGCGUUGGUGAGGGACCUUAUGGACGAGGAGUUGGAAAGGUGGGAUGAAACAGUUUUAGAGAGCUGCUUUACCACAGAAAUGGUAAACGCCAUCCGUCAGAUUCCUUUUCGCGACCCUAUGGAAGCUGAUAAGAUGAUUUGGGCGUCGAGUAGGGAUGGAAAUUAUACAGCUAGGGAAGGAUACAGAAGGUGGUGAGCGGAGUUUUGUACUUAGCAUGGGAUUACGCCGAGGGGGGACCCUACGCUAUGGAAGUGUCUGUGGGCACUAAAUAUCCCGCCGAAGGCGAGAAUUUUCUUGUGGCGUUUCGUGUAGGAGACCUUGGCGACGGGGGAACGAGUAAGUCAACGGAGCCAACGUAGGAGUGAUAUUUGCCCCUUUUGCAACCAAGAGGAAACACAAGUACACUUGUUUAGUGAAUGCUCGUGGACAUCCAGAUUGUGGCGAGUCUCUCAAGUCCGCCACUGUUUUGAGUUGAGGGGACAAUCAACAUGUAUGGAAUGGUUCAAGAAGGUAGUGGCCACAGUUUCGCCUAGUGAUAUUGAGGAUUGGAGUUGGUCUUGUGGUCGUUAUGGAAAGAAAGGAACGCACAUUUAUUUAAUGAUGCUAAGAUGGACGAGGCUUACAUUAUUCCUCGAGCCAUCUCUUUUCUUGACGAGUACAGACAGCAUCAAGCGCGCGAGGUGGGUACAGGUGGGACGCCAGCUGUGAAGAAGUGGACAAAGUCUCCUGCAGGUAGGGCUGCAAAUGAGCCGAGCUGCUCGCGAGUGGCUCGACGUUCGACUCGAGAAAAGCUCGUUCGAAACUCGACUCGUUAAUAAACGAGCCGAACACGAGCUCACCUUUGUUCAGCUAGCGAGCUAGCUCGACUCGGUGGCUUGUUGAGCUAAACUCAUGAGCUGGCUCGUUUAGAGCUCAUGAUAUGUCUUGACAUGUGGCUAGAGAGCCAACUCGAUUACCAACUUAUGGACGAAUCAAUCUAUAUCUUAUGA